AUGUUUUGGGGUCUUAGUGAAGCGCUGGAUCUCUAUCAGGAAUACUCCAAUGCGCAUAAAAUCCACGAGCCUGUUACCAGCAGCGUGAUAAACUCAGGAAAUUCUGAAGAUGCUCAAUCAAAAGGGGAAAAUUUUACGAAUUUGGAAUCUACAAAUACCGAAGAAUGUACAGCGGAAGCGGAACCAGAAGGUGGCGAUAUUGGCGGUUCGGCCUCGGCGGCUAAAAAUCUUAAUAUACUACUGUUUGGUGCCGGUGAUCCGCGCCACAUAAUCAAAACCAUGGCCAAAAUGUACAAACACAGCGGUGGAAAGGUCACUUUCUAUGUGCUUGAUGGUUGUAUAGAAAUUGUGGCACGCAAUAUGCUACUACUUGGCAUAGCACUCGAGAAUUCCGAAGGCUUCCACUUAGUACGUAAGGUACAUCUCUUCAUGGAUGUGUAUGGAAACGCACUGAUGCGUCCAUCCUCACAUCAAUAUCUGGUAGGCAAAGCGAAAACAAUGGUGAAAUUGAUUACAGAUGAUGAUGAGCUGCAGAAGUUGGCACCCCAACUGAAUAUUGAUCGUUUAAGAUAUCGUGAUCGUGAUGGAUUGGAUAAUGCAUUCAAUUUUCUCUUGCCCCGCGAAGGUUUUGCUUUCAAUGUGCAAGAAUAUUGGAUGGAACGAGUACGCAAAUUGUUAGGUGCACGCUAUGAUUACCGAGAAGGCGUAUUCGAUUGGGAUUUGAAUAUGGUGUUAAAGGAUAGGGAAGCUGGGCAAAUAUGCUCGCAGGAAUACCGUUACUGGCGCGAAACUGGCAUCGCUUUUACAUACCCCGAAUACGAGCAAUGUAAACCGAAUAAAACACUCACUGCUGGAUUGGUGCGUAACGGCGAAAAAUAUAGGCAUCGUGGUUAUGCAGGCGAUAUCCAAACCGGACCUUUUUGCACAUUCGGUCUCAACACCGUCGAUAAGGAAAUGUUGAAUUCAGUACAUGGCGAUAAUGACUAUCGUGCCACAGAUAUUACUGAGCGCAAUCUAUUAGAAUAUUUCCAUGAGUUACAAACGCGUUCGACUUAUGUUCAUGAUCGUAAAAUUUCUCGCAAAUACGGAUCCGUCAAGCUGCUAAUGGGCGAACGUCUUCCAUAUAACGAAAGCGAUUUAGAUGCAAUACAAGACUUUGAUAAGCCUUGGAUUAACGUGGAGCAGUGCAAGAUUUUCUUUCUCUCAGCAGAUGAUAUUUUUACGCUGCAAAAUGCUGAUGCCAAUGAAAGCUGGCAUGCCUUUUUUGAUGUGGUCUUUGUGGGAUAUAAUUAUUUUCCAUUUCUGAAAAGCGUUUUCUCAGAAGUGCUGCGGGAUAAUGCGUUGCUUAUUUUGGAGAGUAAACUAUUGACUGUAGCGCGCAAGGAGGAGGUCAAGCAGUUCGAAGAUAAGUUGAAAGCGUAUGCGAAGCUUAUUAACUUAACGCCGGUGAUUAAUUACAAUGCCUUGAAUUCAAAAAACAGUAUUUUAAAAUACAAGAAGAUCAAUAAAGUUGAGCGGAUGAAUGUGGAAAAUAAUUAA